AUGUGCGCAUUCCUCACGCUGUGUAUACCCGAUGAUUGGAUAUCAGGAACUCAGGGAAAGGAUGGCCGGGGAGGCACGAGCGCCGAGGGGGAGCGGUUGGUCAACGCACUCACCUUCGGGUCUUUGGGAAGUGGUACCAACAAGGUGUAUCAAAGGAUGUGGAACACGUGGAAGGAGGCUCGAGCAGGGGCGGGUUCGGGCCCGUGGCUCCGCGAGAGCGAUGGGGUGGAAAGUGCGGUGCGUGAGCUGUCUGUGUUCAUGGCUUGCCGGUGUUUCGGUCACAAGAACCAGAGUCAGACUAUCCGCAGGUAUCUCUCAGCCAUCAAGUACUUCCGUAAGAUGCACGCAGGAUGGGAGUUGCCCACUUCGCAUUUCCAGAUCCUUGCCAUGUUGAAAACCAUUGAUAGGGUCCACGCCAAUACGCAGGCGAAGCCUAAGGCCACACGGCUUUCGAUGGGCAUGCUUGCCGUUUUCUCGUGCCAGCCGGGUCACACGGGCAACCAGGGCAUGUAUACUAAUACUGCAAGAACACAUCUGGUCGACGUGGUGAACAACACCGCGAACGACAUUGGCGUGUAGACUGACUGUCGAGGGGGGGGAGACCCCUCUUUGCUUCUCGCUACUGCUGUUGUGUUGGGAAAAAGUCGGAUGGGAACGGAGUUUGCCCCUUGCCUGCUGGCGAGGAGUAGUCGUGGGGGCGCACCACGAAAUCCUUUGCACUCAGGUUUUCAGUCUUGAUCUUUUUUUCGUCGUGCAGGUUUUUCCCCCUCUGGGAAGUGGAGAGGGUAGAGGAAAACGUAACAUAGUCUAAACGUGAAAUGCUUUUUGUUUAUGUUUAUGUUUUUUUUUUAGCAGUAGUCCUCCGCUGUCACCUGGGAAGUUGAGGACUGGGAUAUAUAGGGGCCGUACGCAAGCACGCUUCAUGUUUUCAAGUCUUGGUUUAGUACCUUGAAACCGAGUCGAACGAAGGCAAACAGCAGUGUGCAAAUACAGAGACUCGCGCGGGUACCGAGGGUAAUGACCGUCUGUAGUUACCC